AUGACAAAUCCAAUGAGGGUGGGCCUCAUCAUCAACAUCAAUGGGACGCCAUACAAAGAAGAGGUGGUACAGCUGUCUAUAUGCAAAUUAAUGAGCACCCUCUUUGUGCUUGACUUUAGUAACAGGAUGAAAAUUCAGCUGGCCUUAUUCUGCCUGCUGCUGCCUGUGCUUAGCCAAGCAGAAAAAGGGAAGUGUCCCGUUUCUGCUUCCAGCUGCGAUGAGUGCAUCCAGGCAGGCCCAGAGUGCGCGUGGUGCAUGGAGCCUGGAGCUAACGUUCGUUGUCACAGCAAGAAGGGGCUGCGGAGACAAGGCUGUAGCAAAAGACAUAUUUACGACCCUCAAAGCAGCGUUCAAGCUUUGAAAAAUGACAGCAGCACAGGAUCAGUAGAUGGAAAAACUCUGUUCCUGCAGCCUCAGGAGGUUUCCCUCCAUCUAAGGCCCGGAGGGAGCCAGUCCUUCCCUCUCAUCGUCUCCAUGCCAACAGACCAGCCUAUAAUGGAUGUCACCAUGGAUGCCAGCUUAGUACCAGCUGGCGUCAAUAUCACCUUUAGUAGCAUGACAAAAGGAAACCCUCUGCACAUACAGGUGAAUGUGGAAGCUGCCCAGUGUCCCAGUGAUGGUUCAAACCAGAACUUGACCGGGCCGUGGUCUGUCCUGAUGUCACCCAGAGGCUUUUCUCUGAGUGCUACGCUGAAGAUAACGUUGCUGUGUGGGUGUGAGUGCACAGGAAGACGGGAGGAGAACAGCCCGGCAUGCAGAAGUCAAGGAGAGGUCACUGACAAUUCGCAGUCAGAAGAAGACAGUUCUUGCCGCUCACGCCCAAAUGCCCCAGUUUGCAGCGGCAAUGGGAAGUGUGUAGAGGGCUUCUGCGAGUGUGUGAAACGGGAAGAUCCAAAUGAAAUGUACCACGGAACAUUCUGCCAGUGUGACAAUUUUAACUGUCCACGCCACAACAACAGCAUCUGUGGCGGUAAUGGCAGGUGUGAGUGUGGAAGGUGCCUUUGUGACAGCGAGUGGGUCGGUGACGACUGCAGCUGCUCCAUGGAAACUGCUUCCUGUAUGGCAGGAAGUGGCCAGCUGUGUAAUGGAAGAGGAGAUUGCAAUUGUGGAAUAUGUCAAUGCAGUCCACCGUACAGCGGGCCGACGUGUGAGGAAUGUCCCAGUUGUCACAACGUAUGCGGUCAACACGCUGCCUGUGUGGAGUGCCGGACAUUUCAGACCGGAGCUAAGGCAAAAACCUGUGACAGAGACUGUGACUACCUGACUGUGACAAUGGAGGUCACAGGAGAUGAUUUUCCAAGGGAAACUGAGGUGCUCUGCAAAAGAAGGACCUUGGACUCCUGCUUUUUGUACACCCUCCCCAAACUGCCCUCCAGAGGACAGUCGACUUGGUCUCGGGUCAAAAGAUGCUGA